AUGGAAGAGGACACUCCGACACUAAAGCCCAGGCGAAUCCAAAAUCAAAAUGUGGUCCAUCGGCUUGAGAGACGGAGGAUCUGUUUGGGUCGACCAGGGGCUCACUGGUACAGAGUCCGCUGUUUUCACCAAAAUCUCUUCCCCAACUUCACUGUGGUCAACGUAGAGAAGCCUCCGUGUUUUCUCAGGAAGUUUUCCCCGGAUGGGCGCUGUUUUAUCGCCUUCUCCUCUGAUCAGACAUCCUUGGAGAUUUACGAAUACCAGGGCUGUCAAGCAGCUCAGGAUCUGCUCCGCGGUCAGGAUGGAGAGACACUGCUCACGGCCAAUGACCAGCGCUCACUCAACAUCCGUGGCCGACUGUUCGAGCGAUUUUUUUCAUUGCUCUACGUCACAAAUGUGGCUUCAAACGGAGAGCACCUCAACAGAGAGUGCAGCCUGUUCACGGACGACUGUCGCUAUGUCAUCGUGGGCUCAGCAGUCUAUGUGCCAGAAGAUCCACCACCGUAUUUCUUUGAGGUCUACAGAAACAAUGAGUCUGUGACCCCCAAUCCACGCUCUCCUCUUGAAGACUACUCCCUGCACAUCAUUGACCUCCACACGGGACGUCUCUGCGACACCAGGUCCUUUAAGUGCGACAAGAUCAUUCUGUCUCACAACCAGGGGCUCUACCUCUACCGCAACAUCCUGGCUGUGCUGUCAGUGCAGCAACAAACAAUUCAUGUUUUUCAGGUGACUCCAGAAGGGACCUUCCUGGACGUUCGAACAAUCGGCCGCUUCUGUUACGAGGAUGACCUCCUCACUCUGUCCGCUGUGUACACGGAGGCUCAGGCUGAAAGCCAGCCCGGGUUUCCUCGCCUCUACACAGACAAAACCAUCAACUCGCUCAAGCACAGGCUCCUAGUUUAUCUGUGGAGAAGAGCCGAGCAGGAUGGGAGCGCCACUGCCAAGAGGAGAUUCUUCCAGUUUUUUGAUCAGCUGAGGCGUCUCCGGAUGUGGAAGAUGCAGCUGUUGGACGAGCAUCACCUCUUCAUUAAAUACACCAGUGAAGACGUGGUCACGCUCCGAGUCACCGACCCCUCACAGCCGUCAUUCUUUGUGGUAUACAACAUGGUGUCCACAGAAGUGUUGGCGGUCUUCGAGAACACUUCAGAUCAGCUGCUGGAGCUGUUUGAGAAUUUCUGUGACCUCUUCAGAAACGCUACCCUCCACAGUCAAGCCGUGCAGUUCCCCUGUUCAGCCUCCUCCAACAACUACGCCCGCCAGGUCCAAAGAAGGUUUAAAGACACCAUAGUAAAUGCAAAGUAUGGCGGCCACACUGAGGCGGUGCGGCGGCUCCUGGGUCAGUUGCCCAUCAGCGCACAGUCCUACAGUAGCAGCCCGUACCUGGAUCUCUCACUCUUCAGCUACGACGACAAGUGGGUGUCAGUGAUGGAGCGGCCUCGCACCUGUGGAGACCACCCCAUCAGAUUUUAUGCCAGAGAUUCUGGACUGUUAAAGUUCAAGAUCCAGGCUGGUCUACUGGGACGUCCUGUGAACCACGCUGUGCGGCGCCUGGUGGCCUUCACCUUCCACCCAUUUGAACCCUUUGCCAUCUCUGUCCAGCGCACCAAUGCUGAAUAUGUGGUCAACUUCCAUGUGAGACACGUGUGUGCUGGUCACUCAACCUCCAGCCUCCUCCCUCCGGCAGCAUUGCAGCAAUUCCGCCUUUUCCUCUUCCCCCCCUUCGCCGGCAGAACAAAGAGGAGCUGUAGGAAGGAGAGUCUGGAAUAA